AUGGCCAGGGGCGACGCCGCGUGGGGCGUGAGCGCUGGUCGGAUGAACGGAAAGCGCAAGAAGCGCGGAGGGGGCGGUGUGUCGAGGUGGGAUCACGCGGAAGUGAAGAAAGUGCAAGCGGUGGCCGCGGCGUCGAAGGCCGCAGAAGGCAGCGGCGCGGGUGGAGAGGAAGGUGCCCCAGAGGUGGUGGCGGCCAAGAAAGCAACAGCGCCAAGUGUGCGGAGAUGGAGGCAAGGGCUUGCGGAGAACGGGUUGAACGCGGGACAGCGUAGCGUCGUUGAGAAGGUGGCAGAUCGCGCGCUGGCGCAAGGAUUCGGGAG